AUGCGUGCCAUGUUCACCGGGUCGACUGCAACCACUGCAACCGCAACCACUGCGACCGCCGACCCCCCGGAUUCCGGGCUCAACACAUCCACCACUACCUCGUCGUCGUCGCCGCAGCUCUUCUCCCCCCCUCCCCCUCCUCCUCCUGCUGUCUCCAUUUCCGCUGCAGAUGAGUCCUUCACGCGACGAAUCAGAUCCAAAUCCUCUCUGCGCAGUCUCCGCAGCCUGGGAAGCAACAGUACGACGUACGACGACGACCCUGACGACACUCCCGACGCCAACGCCAACGCCGAGAAGACGCUCAUUCGCCCAUCCAUCCUUCGUCGAUUGUCCCCCGGCCUCGCCGCCCGCGUCAAGCUCCUCGACGGCAGCAACAGCAGCAGCAAGAACAACAGCCCGUCUCGAGUGGGCGCUGUGGGCCGCAUCCCCGAGGAACACAUUAAGGAGUUGGACAGCUUGCACCAGGACUUAUCGAUAAGGAUUCAAAAAAAGGGUCGUACGUGGAAUGGUCUGCACCGGGCCCACAAAGAAAGGAAACAACAACAACAACAGUCCCUUUUACAGCAGCAGCAGCAGCAGCAGCAGCAACAAUCGUGCGAUUUAAAUCACUUGGAGGUCCCCGACCCAUGUGGAGCGGAAGUAAGGGCAGACACGGAGGCAGAAGCAGAAGCCGAAGCAGUGCCGGAAGCCAAAGUCGCAGCUGAAGCAAAACAAGAAGAAGAAGACGAAGUGCAGCAGGACAAGGGAGCGAUCGAAGAGCCACUACUCGACAUGGCUGUCCUUGAACGAUCUCGUCUGCCACUCCGCCCCGGAUCAACGAAUGGAAUGCCGUCCACGAACCCGACCGACUUCGAAAAGUACCUCAAAAGCACCAGCGACAAUGAAUCCGCCCCCCCUCCCCCGCCGCCGAAAGAUUCUCCCCGCCCCCUCUCAAUCUCAUCCGCGAAUUCGCAGUCCUACUUCAACCCGCUCGGGCUACAACGCUCAGAAUCUAUAUACUCGUUCUCAAGGGCUUCCUUUAGCAAUCAGCUUUCGCAACUCACGUCCAUCUCCCUUCCCCAACCAUCCUUACUCGAGGCUGGUAUCGCCUCCAUUCCAACCGCCGCCGCCGCCGUAAGGGCCCUCACGGGAGCUGCGGACCAGAUUCAAAUAUGGAUCAAAAAGGCAUCGGGUGUCUUGAGCGGGCUGGAUGCCGAGGACGACGUCGAAUGGGCAGCUGCCGGCGGGCGAGAAGGGUUGGAUGGGGUUGACGGAGCGAUCACCCGGUUUGAGAGUCUGAUCAACGUUUACGUCAAGGCUAUCGAGGACGUGCAGAUGCGCGACGAUAUAGAGAACGUCUCCACUGAUCAAUUGAACUUGAUUGUUGUACAGAUGGACGGGAUCAUUCAUAGCUGGUCGCAAAUCAAGGAUCGACUGAAGGGAGUCAAAGAACAAGUGGAGCUGGCGAUGGAAUGGGAGGAACUAUGGAGCAAUGUCUUAGGCGAUGUUGGAGUGGAGGUGGAGAAUCUCGGUCGGCUCAUCUUCGAGAUGGAAGAAAAGCGACACUGGACCAUGGCGGGUGAACAAGAUUCCAGUGCUACGGGACUCGACAUCAAUGAGCUGGAGACCAUCGUCGAGGAAACGCCAGCAGGUGGCCGCAUGUCGACCAGCAAGCGGUUCAGUCUGGAGCCUCUUUUCACGGCACCGACCUUGGAUAUGCCUAUCAUACAGACGCCGCAUGACGACUCCAGCCACUCCAACUUGAUCGCCUUGUUUGCCAGGAUCCAACCGCUACGGGCAUCGCUCGAUUUCCUCCCCAUGCGACUGUCCAUGUUCCAGUCGCGGGCGGUGCGAAUAUUCCCCAGCGCCUGCCAGGAGCUCGAGGAUCGACGCAGUCAGCUUGAGAAGGCCUACAAAGGGCUGGAAGCUGAUGCAGAGGCCUUGCGGGACGAGCUCAGCGAGGACCGGUGGAUCCUUGUGUUCCGCAAUGCGGGAAACCAAGCGCAGAAGAUGUUCGAAUCGGUCGAGAGGAGCAUUGGGAAGCUUCAGGAAGCCAUCGAGAUCAGCGCUCAGGUGCACAACCCAGCCCAAUUCACGAAACGGGUCGAAAGUUACGACGCUAAGAAACAGCAUUACGUUGCUGCGAUUGAGCGGGUGGUGUCGAUCAUCCAGAAGGGUGUGAAUGACCGUCUUACGGUCAACGGAGAGACUCUACGACUGUUGUCAGACAUGACAUCGCGGGUCGAUGCUCUGAAGGCCAGCAUCCGGGUAAUGGAUGCAUCCUUGGAGGAUAUCAGCUUCACACGGUCUCAACACCUGCGCGACUCGAUCUCGAGUAUCCUCACCAUGGAUAGCCCAUUGACCGGGAGUGUCCCGGAGACUCCCGGUAGCUCCCCAGCUUCAUCGGUGAUCAUGACCCCGGCGAAUGCAUUAAAGCGAUCCACCACGCCGGUCAACAACUCCAGCCGUCGUGGUAGCUCUGUCAGUUCGGUGGCACGCACGACCAUGUCGAAGGUGCGACGAUAUUCUGGCUUGCCGCAAGUCACAUCCACCUUAACGGCGAAGAAAUCGGCGAUUCCCAAGGCGUCGCUCGGGGUGACCUCGCCUACGAAGCACGUGGCUGCUACGCCAACGCCAGCGGCGCGCAAGCCGGUACCUCGUACCCCAGCUCUGCCGCCAGCGUUGGCCAAUCGGCCGCGGUGGACCACCAGCACCAACACCAACGACUUGGACAAAUACAAGUCUAAUUCGCUCCAUACACCUUUCCGCAAAUCGUCCGCCCAGGGUCGCACGUCGCGCCCUUCCUCCACACUCCCCAUGACCCCGUACCGCCGCGAUAUGUCAGUGUCACCGGCGCCGAUGAGCGCGCGGUCGGUCAGUCGGGUGUCCAGCCGUCUGGCGUCGCGCAGCCCGUCGCGAGUGGCGUCUCCCACCCCGAACCGAUCCCUUCUGGAUCCUCCUCCUUACAGCAAGCUGCGCCGACCCGAUGGGUUGGCCACUGCGCCCCGCAGCCGACAGAGCUUCGCGGGGCUUUCCUUCAGCCGCAGUGUUUCGCAAGAUCACAGCCGCGCACUGGCGAGUCCGACCAAAGCGCCUCCGACGCCACGGCCGGAAACGUCCCUCGGACAUGCGAGCAACCGUCGCAUCAGCUUGAUUCCCUUGCCCAAAGGCCGGACCGGCAAGGACAAUGCGCCUAACACGCGCAGCAAGCUGGGUGAGCGACCUCCCUGGCGG